UGGAAUUGGCGAUAUUGGGGUCUGGAAUAUGAGCAUGUGCGAUGCGACAGAUAGGUUUUACGUGUCGGGAAAGGUUGUAGGCUGCUAGGUGGAUAUAGAAAUUGUAUAUAUAUAUAGCGGAAGAACCUCUUGUGUCUUGCAUGAGAUAGGAGCUAUAAGUGGUUUUAGAGCAGUACAUCCCCCAACAUCAUGCAAAUCACCAAGCAACUCUGGUCUAAGGCCGUCACAAAGGCACCACUAUUGCCACUUCCAACAAAGACUAAAGUGUCAUUGGCUUAUAAACUUCACAUGCCAAACAAGACUGUGACUCCAAACUUGACAAUUAGAUCGCACGAACCAAUCGUGUUCUUACACGGAGUGUUUGGUUCAAAGAAGAACUACGGCGAUAUCUGCCAAACCAUUGCAAACACCACGCAUACCCCGGUUUAUGCCAUCGAUUUUAGAAACCACGGUGAAAGUGAACACUGUUUCCCCCUGGUUAACUAUAGCCAGUUGAGCAAGGACGUUGUCGAUUUCUGUGAAGAGCAUGAUCUGAAGAGAGUUAGCAUUGUUGGUUAUUCUCUUGGUGCAAAGGUUGGUCUCUUGACCAUGCUCAAGCAUCCAAAACUGGUCAACUCUGGGGUCAUCAUCGGCAAUGCACCAAUUGAAACCCCUCAAGUCAAGGUAUACUUGAAAGUGUUCCUCAAGGCCAUGACCGCUUUGAUUGAUUCUGCCCAUAUCAAAGCUACUGAUAAGAACUGGAGAGAAAAGGCACGUGCAGUUAUGAGUAAAUACAUUCCAGAUGCUUCUAUCGUUCAGUAUUUGUUGAGAAACGUUCUCAACAAAAAGUCUUCCCACAUCCCAGGACAUACAGAUCUCAUCAGCGUUCAAAUGCCAAUCAGCCACUUUAACAAGGACGUUAUCGAUGACAUUUCCGACUGGCCAGCUGAAGAAGUUAAAGGUCUCAAGUUCGAAGGACCAGUUAAAGUGGUUAAAGGUUUGAAGUCUGCAUUCAUCACUAAGGAAGGUGAGAAGGCAUACGCUGAGCACUUCCCUAACUACACAAUGUCCACUUUCAACACAAACCAUCUGAUCUUUGCAGAGAUGCCAUCAAGGGUGACAAAGACCGUCUGUGACUUCAUCAAGUUGACUAGAUACCAGCUUUUGCAGCAACACACAAGAGAUGGAAAACACCACACUAUCCAAAAAGUGGAUCCAGCCUUGCUCAACAGCUCUGAGGCUUCAACUGUCGAACAAGCAACCAAACAAUUAUAAAUCAUGAAGAGUUGAUUAUAAGGUACGGGGAUUAUACAGGUUUACAACACAGAGAACAAUUAAACAGCAAACAAAACAAUCAUAUUCAUUACUAUAGAAUGACAAACAGAGGGUAUUUAAGGUUACUGCUAUAGACUUUUGCACACAUUUUUCAAA